AUGGCCAAACAUUCAGGUGAUGCCGUUUUAGAUGAGAAGAUUGAUAUGUGGCUGAAAUGGGAUCGCAAUGAAAAGACACUGAAUGAAAUCCAACAAUUGAUAACGGCGAGUGACUGGGACCAAUUGCGGAAGAGACUUCUAGAACGUCUGGCAUUUGGUACGGCCGGUCUGAGAGGAUGUAUGCGGGCUGGUUUCGACUCGAUGAAUGAUUUGGUUAUUGUCCAAACCGCUCAAGGAUUGUGUGAAUACAUCAAGCAGCAAUACAAGCCAGAUGAAUAUCACAGGGGUGUGGUAUUUGGGUAUGAUGGUCGUUAUAAUAGUAAACGCUUUGCCGAACUAUCCUCCACCAUAUUUGUACAAAACGGCAUUAAAGUAUUUCUCUACAGUCGUAUGGUGGCUACGCCAUUUGUGCCAUUCGCUAUUUCACAAAAAAAUUGUUUGGCUGGUGUAAUGGUAACGGCCUCUCACAAUCCCAAAGAAGAUAAUGGCUAUAAAGUCUAUUGGGGAAAUGGUGCACAAAUUAUCACGCCUCAUGACAAGGGUAUACAGCAAUCUAUAUUGGAAAAUCUUGAACCCAAAGAGGAAUCAUGGAAUACUGACUUUUUGAAAAAUUGCGAAUUAUUGGAGGAUCCCUAUGAGGAAAUGUACAAAGCGUAUUAUAAGACUCUAUUGCAACAUAUUCCCCAGCAGUUUAGGGAAAUUAACAAAAAACACAAAGAAAUGGGUGAAUUGAAAUUUGUCUAUACGGCAAUGCAUGGUGUGGGAUGGCCAUAUGUUGAAAAAGCCUUUGAGGAAGCAAAUUUGCCAGCUCUCUUGCCCGUGGAAGAACAAAAGGAGGCCGAUCCAGAUUUUCCCACUGUUAAAUUUCCCAAUCCCGAAGAGGGUAAAAGUUCAUUGGAGUUAUCGAUUAAGAAAGCCGAAGCUGAAGGUGUAACUGUUAUUUUGGCCAAUGAUCCCGAUGCUGAUCGUUUGGCAUGUGCCGAAAAAGAUCCCAAGACAGGGGUGUGGAAGGUCUUCAAUGGCAACGAAUUGGGCGCCCUUAUUGGUUGGUGGUCCGUACAAAACUACAAAGCUCUACAUCCAGAUGUCGAUUUGAAGGAAUGCUAUCUACUUGCCAGUACCGUUAGCUCGAAAAUUUUACGUUCUAUGGGUGAGGUGGAUGGUUAUAAUUUCGUCGAAACUCUAACCGGUUUCAAAUGGAUGGGCAACGAAGCCAUCAAAUUAAUGCAACAAGACAAACAGGUGUUAUUUGCCUUCGAAGAAGCCAUUGGAUUUAUGUUCUCUACCUCAGUGCUUGAUAAGGAUGGUGUUAGUGCCGCUACACAUCUUGCCACAAUGAUAUGCUACCUGCGGGAAACCCAGGGAAUUACCCUAACAGAAAAACUACAACAAAUCUAUGAAACCUAUGGUUAUCACUGUACCAACUGUUCAUAUUUGUUCUGUGACAAAGCACCUGUAAUCAAAAGAAUAUUUAAUCGUUUGCGAAAUUUCCAAGAUGGUAAACCGAAUACAUAUCCCAAAUCUAUUCUCAAUGGAGAAUUUUCCAUUGCAAAUGUACGAGAUUUGACAACGGGUGUUGACACAUCCCAGCCAGAUGGUAAAGCCUUGCUGCCCGUUAGUUCCAGUACAGAAAUGAUAACAUUUUCAUUUGAGAACGGGUUGGUUAUAACACUGCGUACAAGUGGUACCGAACCAAAAAUUAAAUACUAUGCCGAAUUGUGUGCCAAACCGGAAGAGAAAAAUUGGCCAGCCUUACGUGAAACACUUGAUCGUAUGGUUAAUGCCAUAGUUGAAGAAUUUUUACAACCAUCGCUUAAUGAUUUGAAACCUAAAAGUGAUUAA